AUGAUUGAAAAUAACAUAUUAUUUAGCGCUACUACCGUUCAUUUAGAACAUAUCACUACAGCUUUAAGCUGCUUGGUACCAUUUGGAUUAAAACAAGAUAUACUCAUAAUUAUAGAUGAAGAUGGGCUAUCAUUUGCCACGGAAAAUAAUCAUAUCAUCAAAAUACAUUUGUUUUUAUCAAAAGAACUAUUUAUGAUGUACAGUUAUGAUAAGGCCAAACAACCUUAUACUAAGGUUUGCGUUAAAUUGAACCAUAUUCUUGAUAGUGUUAAUAUAGUUAAUAGGGAUUAUUCAAAUACUAAUAGUACUAAUGGUAAUAACAGUGGUGGUAUCAUAAGUAAUAAAGAUGAUGUAGUCGAGUGUACGUUAUCAUACAAUGGAGAAGGUACACCAUUUGUCUUUAUUUUUGAAGACUCUAUGAUUACCGAGAGAGUAGAAUACUCCACGUAUUUAAUAAGAGAUUUAGAUACCACCGGCUUGGAGUUAGAUGUCGAAAAUUUAGAAUUUGAGUGUAUUAUCAAGGGAGAUGUUCUACAUAAUGCAUUACUAGAUUUGAAAGAAUUGGAUUGUAAAGAAUGCUUUCUCUAUGUGAGCUUAAAUUCUAAUUAUAGCACAGGUAGGAAAAUGGCAGUGGUGGCACUCAUUGCUAAAAAUGACCAACUAGGGGUAUCUAAAAUUUUGUUGCCAAGCGAAAAAUCUAUUAUAGAAAAAUUAGAAAUUUAUGAUAGAAAUGAUCCCACAGUUAUAGCCUCUGAUAUUCCUUCUAUCUGUUCUUUUAACUUUAAUAAUUUUGAUAAGAUAAGAAAAAGCGUUAAAGUAGCUAGUAAAGUAUUGAUACGGAAAGAUCAUAAGGGUUUAGUGAAUAUAAAUAUAUUGAGUCAAACAAAUGAUUUGUUGAUUUCAGACAUCAAACGAAAAUCAGGAGGCGUCACAAAAAACAGAAAUAGCAACAACAACAACAACAACUAUAAUAAUAAUAGUAACAAUGUUUUGCCUAAGGAUUACCCAGGUAUUGUUAUUGAUAUCAGUAUUUUAGAAAAUUCCACCGAAAUAGACUUUGGAGAAUUACAAUUGGUCAUGGCCGAUAACGCCAGCCUUUACAACCCCUCGUUGAUGAUGCAAUCAAUUAAAAGGAAACGCAUUUAUGAUCCUUCCGCAAGUGGCUAUUUUACUACAUCUCAAAAACAAAGGAAGUCUUCAUCAAAGCAAUCGGACAGCAAAAAUUCAGAGGUUCCCUUAUUCUUUUGA